GAAGAUGCCAAAAUGCGAAUAGAAAAUUUUGAAAGAGGAGAGUGCAAGGGGUUCUUUUCUGAGGCCGAGGCGGAAGAUUACAUUUGCAGUCUACGCCGCACCGCCAUCGCCGGAGACGUCGGACAAACCGAGACCAGAUUCACGGAAGAGAAGCCAUUUGAGGCCAGUGCAAAGAGAUUUUACGCUGUUUUUAAGGGCCGCCAAACUGGUGUUUUCACAUCUUGGGCCGAGGCGAGUGAACAAAUUAAUGGCUUUUCGGGGAAUUGCCAUAAAAAGUUUAAGACAGAGGAGGAAGCACGGCGCUUCGUUGAUACCAAGUGUUCAUCGAAGGGUAUGGGCAAGAUUUCAGAUGUGCUCGGGAAUACACCAUCGAAGAACAUUCAACGAGGGGAUGAAGGUGAUGGUGACAAGAAAGAUCUGUCCACGAUAUUCAUUCAACUCAAUCUUUAG